AUGUCGAUCCGUGGCAUGGUGACGGGAGGGGGGGGUUGCUCCGUGCCGGGCGAGCGGCCGUCGGCGUCGACCAGCAACCCGCUCGGCGCGCUUGCGGACUCCAUCCUGGGCUCCGCCGCGAAGCAGCAGGAAAGGGUUCGUGAGCUGCCGAGCCUGGCCGGUCCGGGCCAAGCCUCGGGCAGCAACCUGUUUGGUCCGGCGGAAGCAGGAGCGGGACCAGCGAUGAUGCCGAUGCCAGGCGCCGACAUGCAGAGCGCCAUGGGUGGACCCAUGGGGGGACCGAUGGGGGCCAUGGGGGGCAUGGGGGGCAUGGGGCCGUCAAUGCAAGCGCAGCAGUUCCUCUCCUCCUUCCACGCAGCAGGCCCGGCAGCAGCGCCACCUGAUGCUCACCUAGAGGCCCUGUGGAACGAGGCUCGGCACACCCAGGCCUUGCCGCCAGGCAUGGCAGCAGGCAUGGCGCCCCCGGACGCAGCAGCAGCGGCGCAUUUUCGCGAGUUUGAGCAGAUCUUUGGCGGCAUGUCGCUGGAUGGGGGCGCUGCUGCUGCCAGUGGCGAUGCUGCCAUGCAACCGCCUGCAAUAAGUGCGUUGCUUCCUCCUCUCCCCUCCACUUUCCACCAUCCCCAUCCACUUAACUGCUCUGCGUUUCCUCCGUUACCCAUCUCCCCCAUUACCCAUCCCUCCUCUCCCUCAGUCCCCGGGCUGCCCCCCCAGCAGCAGCAGGCAGUGCGCGCGCUGCUGCACUCCUUCCUCUCCUCCACACAAGCGGGCGUCCCCCUCCCCGCGCACCCCCACGCGCCUCUCCCCCCCCUCGCGCACCUCUCCCCUGCGGACCGAGCGCGCAUCCGCAACCGCUCCUCCAUCCUCGCCCGCCACGUGUUUGCACACCAGGGGGGGGCGGGCGCGCAGGGGGAGGGCUUUGCCUCCGCGCAGGUGGCCGCGCUGCUGCGCUCCCUGGGCAUAGAGGACCUGGGGGAGGGCGCGGGGGGCGCGGAGGGCGCGCUCAUGGGCGCGCCUGGCCCGCUGGGGGGCAGGUUCCGCGAGUUUGAGGACUUUUGGAAGGAUGCGGGGGAGGUGGCGGGUGGGGGGGGGAUGGUGGCGGGUGUUGGCGGAGGGGGGGGCGCAGGGGGGUGGGUGGGGGAGUUUGAGGCGCAGCAACAGCAGAGGUGGCGGGAGGAGGGGGGAGAGAGCAGCAGCACGGGGUGGGCGGACGAAUUUGCCGAGGUGGGAAAGGGGACGAGCCUCGAGGGCAGGGUGCGGGUGUGGGUGUGCGAUGGGUUUCUUUCUCUCCCCACACUUUCACCUCCCAUCCUCGUUCUUGCCAUCCUCUUUCCGUCGCUGUCCCAUCCCCAUCCCACCUCCUAUCCCCAUUCCCGCACCCUCAUCCCCCUAACCCCAUCUGCCUACUGCCAUCUCCCUGUCUCCGACUGGCAGCAGCAGCAGCGCGUGAGGGAGGAGGCGAGGGCGGGGGGUCCGCGCAGUGAAGCAGAGAGGGUGGCGGCAAGGCAGCAGACACAGCGCAUUGUUGACACACUGGCCCAGGACCCCAACCCCAAGUUCCAGCAAUCCAAGUUCCUGCAGUUUGUAUCGAAGAUGAGCCGUGGCGAGCUGAUAGCUGAGGAGGGCGGAGUGAGGGAGGUGUCUCCUGCAGAAGCAGCAGCGGCAGCAGCAACAGAGCAGUGGGCGAGCGAGUUUGAGAACCUUCACCAGCACGAGCACGUGCACUCACAUGCCAUCAAGGCGGACGCUGACUGGGCCACUGAAUUCGCUGCCCGGAACGAGUCAUCAACGUCGCUGGACUCAAGGGACUGGGCGGACGAGUUUGCACAGCAGAUGGCACAUGCACACCCGCACGGGCACGCGCACGCGGAGGGCGAGGGCGUGGUGGAGGAUGGCGACCCAAGUGCCUGGCUCGAGUCGUAUGAGCGGUACGUGGAGGAGCAGCUGCGGGACGAGCAGCAGAGGAGGGCGGAGUCAUCUUCAUCGCGCUGGCCCUACGCCUUUGCCGACAAGAACCCCUACGUGGGCCACCCCCAGCCCUUCCAGCAAGGGCAAGACCUCUUCAGGCGAGGUCUGUUGAGCGAGGCCAUACUGGCGUUGGAGGCGGAGGUGCUGCGCAACGAGGGCAACGCCGAGGCCUGGCGCCUGCUGGGCGUCUCCCACGCCGAGAACGACGACGACCGACAGGCCAUAGCAGCCAUGACGCGUGCUCGAGAUGCGGACCCCACCAACCUGGAUGUGCUGCUCGCUCUGGGCGUCAGCCACACCAACGAGCUGGAGCAGGCAGAGGCGCUGUACCACCUGCGCAGCUGGCUGCAGAACCACUCCAAGUACAAGACCCUCGUGCCACCGUCGGGCCCGGCCUCCAUGUCCCACUCCGACGUGGUGCAGCUGUACACGGAGGCAGCUCGCAUGGCGCCAGAGGAUGCCGACCUGCAGGUGGUGCUGGGUGUGCUGUUCAACCUCUCCCACGAGUACGACCGUGCCAAGUCAGCCUUCCGUAGGGCCCUUGCGCUGCGCCCCUCCGACUACUCGCUCUGGAACAAGCUGGGCGCCACACAGGCCAACAGCGCCCAGUCCGCUGAAGCGAUUGAGGCAUAUCAGAAGGCUUUGGAUCUGAAGCCCAAUUAUGUUCGUGCAUGGACGAACAUGGGCAUUGGAUAUGCCAACCAAGGCAAGUAUGAGGAGUCGGCCCGCUAUUAUGUGCGUGCGAUUGCGAUGAAUCCAACGGCAGAGAAUGCGUGGCAGUACCUGAGAAUCGCAUUAAGCUGCGCUGGAAAGGCGGAGCUACUCCCAGCUUGUGAUGCCCAUGAUGUGGAUGCUCUUCAGAGGAAGUACCCGUUGUGA